UGGCAUCUGCCUAAUGUUAUUGUACGGUUACUUUGUUCUAGAAAUCUAGAUCGAGAUUCUAUGCUUUUCGACAUUUAGCGAAACCAAAUGUUUUUCUACCAUGCUUAAUAAAAUUUUAAGUAAUCUCCCCUUAUUGUGAGAUUGUGAGGAUGGCAAAGAAAAGAAACACUGUUAACAAGUCAGAUGGAGGGUCACAGAAUGAGAAGACUACACUACAAACACAUUCAGGCGAGGCCAGUAUGGAGGAGUCUGAUACAGAUACCGAUGUAAAAAAGCCAAACUUGAAUAAAAAACCCACAUUAAUAGAUAGCUCAGAUGAAGAGGAUACUUCAGGAUCAGAUGAAUCUAGUGCCAGUGAUGAUGAAGAUAGUUCUGACACAAAUGAAAAUAUUCCAGACAAACAACUUAAGCAUAAAAACUUCAGGUUGUCUUGUUUACAUGACUGGGAUGAAGAAAAAUUAACAUCCUGUGUCAAAAAGUUUUUUGAAGAAACAAUUGCUAAAAAUCAGCAAUCAGGGUCAGCUCUGAAAAUAGGAGGUUACUCAGAGGAUUACACGCCUUGGUGGGAGGAGUUUUCUAAACCUAAACAGAUUGGAAUCAUGCAUGCUGCAAAAAAAAUUCACCAAGUUCAAGAUGAUGACACAUUUGAUAACUGGUUUGACAAGACUCCAAAAGAAGGAACCAACUGGUUAUGUGGUCCAAGCUCUGCACCCAAAUUACAAUCAGAGAAAAAGUCGGCUGUAGAGGAUAUUGAAGUGCCCUCUAUUUAUGAUGUCAGACCUCCAGCUAAAGGACGCAGAGCACUCAAGAAGGAAAGAAGAGCUGAGAGAGAGAAAACACUUGGUGACAAAUGGUUUGGAAUGAAGGCGCCAGACAUUGAUGAUAAGCUCAAGAAUGACAUGGAACUUAUAAGAAUGAGAGGGGCGCUGGACCCCAAAAAGUUUUACAAACAUCAAGACAGGAAGGCAUUGCCAAAAUAUUUCCAGAUGGGCACGGUGGUGGAUGAAGGCACUGAUUUCUACAGCAGUCGUCUCACCAAGAAGCAAAGAAAACAAACUUUGGUGGAGGAGCUUAUGGCAGAUGCUAAUAUACGACAAUACAACAAGAGGAAAUACUCUGAGCUGCAACAGAAAAUGAGAGUAAAGAAGUCCAAACUGAAACAGAAGUCUUAGUGUUGUCAACAUCCUUAUAUUCUUUGUUGUAUCAGUUAAUUAAAAUUAUGGUGAUAU